AUGUCGCUCACGGGCGCGAGCGGGGCGACGGCGGCGACGGGUGGAAUCACGAGCGCGCUCGGCGCGGGGGCGACCGCGGUGGGCGAGAGCGUGAGCGCGCUCGGAUCGUACACGAUCGCGAUCGGCUCGUACACGAUGGCGGUCCCGGUGGUGGCGAUCGCGGCCGUGGGUGUGGUCCUGGCGGGAAUGGCGAGCUGGGUCCUGGCGCGGCGAGCGCGGGGGGGGGAGGAGGCGCAGCGAUUGCUCGGCGGUUCGUACGGGAGCGAUUUGGUGUGA